CUUCUCCUUUUUCUUCAUCACUCCUUUCACUUUAACCAAACAUUCGGACCCUUUUCUAUCAUACUCUCUCUCUCUCUCCUGAUCCUUCUUUUUGGCCAGGUCGCCAUCAGUAUAAACAAGGACAAAAACUCACUUUCUUUUCUCUUUGCUUUGACCUCUGACUAGCAUCUCUCAUUGCAAAUUGAUAAUCAACCUCUUCCUUCACUUCGAUCCAUCAACACUCAAUUCGAGGAUCACAUUCGUUUAAUCAUCACAUUUCAUUUCAUUCAUUCAAAUCAGCACAUAAAAGCGUUGCGAUCACAUAUCGUAUCCAACCUUUUCACCGUCUUUUCGUCUCUGGAGACUUCGCACUUUAGCAUAUAAGCAACUAUUUAGCAAACUAUAAAAAGCAAUCGACAAAAUGACAUUCGCUCAAGAUCACAAGCGUAACGAACGUCGCCAUCAUAGAAUCGAACACGAAUUACAAUCACGCGCAAGACCUUACUCCCUCGUUCGCAAAGAUGUAGCAAAAGAAAUCAGAGAGUUUGUAGAAAGACAAUCUGAAGAUGUACACUUGGAUCGUCGUCUCGGUCCACUUCUUGGCGGCGGUGGCGCUGGUGGUGGUGGUAAUAAUGGUGGCUCAUCAACAAAAGACCCAGGUUCUGGAACCAAGCCAAGCGGCGGAGACAAUAGCGGUACCGGCACGGGAGGAAGUUCUGGCUCCGGAGGUGGUGGAACUGGUGGUGGCAGUGGCACGGGAGGAGAUAAUUCUGGCACUGGUACCGGCAGUGGUACAGGAUCAGACACAGGAAACACAGGAAGCGACACUGGCAAAUCUGGAAACUCUGGCAACUCGGGUUCCGAUACGGGAGCAGGUGCAGACGGUGCGGAUACCGACCCAUCUUCCAGCUCCUCUUCAACACCUAAAAAGCCACUGCUUGGAGGUCUGCUCCAUCAUUCCUCAACAUCGUCCAGCUCUUCUACUUCUUCUUCUUCUUCUACUUCAACAUCAAGCAGUACCUAUCCGACUACUGCGCCUACAUCAUCAACAUCAACACUACCCAUGACACCAUCAACGUCUGUUGCCUACGUCACACCUACUGCUGCCACGCCAAAUUUGAGCAAUGGAGCAGCAAGUGCAACCCCAUCAGAUACUUCCGAUAGUGGACCAGGAGCAGGCUUGAUUAUUGGUAUUGUUGCCGGUGCUUUGGCCGGUGUUGCAGUCUUGGCUGCUCUCAUUGGUUUCUUGAUCAAGAAGUUCGGUAACAAAGAUGAUCCAUACGAGUCUAAUCCAUUCGACAGUGACGAAUACCGUCGUCAGAGUGCCAUGUUACCCGACCAUUUCGAUGAUAUGAAUCCUGAAAUGUCUGAAAUGAGUCAUAGCAAUAACAUGAACCCAUUCAAUGAUCAGAUGGAAUACGCUGCCGCUGGAGCUGCAGGUGCAGGCGCCGGAGCAGGUUUCACAGCUCGCAACGAAAAGGGUGGCCCUCGUCCUCCAACAAUGUUCCAAAACCAUAUGAACGCUCCUGCUGCUCAAUUGAGCGUUGGAGAUGCACCUCCCGUUCCUGUUGUUGGAGCUGUUUUCAAUCCCAACCGUGCUGAUCCACCUCAAAUGCCAAGAAUGGCAUUCGGAGGAUCAGAUCCUUACAGUAUCGCAGGCGUUGGAAGACAAAACUUUGAACAAAACAUGAAUAACCCAUACGGAUAUUUGGACCGCCAAUACAGCGGAAGCCACUCGCCUCCUCAAGAUAAAUACGAUGAUACACCGCAAGGCUAUGCUGACUUGGACAGAACAGGAUCUGACGGAUCAGCGCACGUAAAGAGUGCAGGUCAAAUGUACGCUGGUCAAGAGACUGAUGAUUAUAGAUCGUAUGAGUAUCAUGAUACUUCUGGUAGACCUGGCACUGCAGAAGGACGAAGUGGAACGCCUGAUCUUCCUAACGUUCAACAGACUUAUGCAAUGGCAGAUGAUCAUGAAAGUGAUAGUCGAGUUCAAUCACCGAACAGACAAAUGGUCUCAAGCCCAACCCAUUUAAGUCAAGAUUUCCUUUCAAACGGAAACAUGCAACAAUACCAACAAUACAGUCAAUCGCAACAAUCACAGCAAUACAGCCAAGAUCAAUACAACCACAGCAAUCCACGCUCUGAAACAGCCAGUCCUGCUACGCAACCGUUGCAAGUGCGUAACCUGUUACCUAACCCACAUGGUGCUGCUCAACAAAAAGGUAGUCAGCGUCCUGUGAGUGAAGCGGGCAGUGCGGCUGGUGAUGAAGGUGCAUAUGGAGGCGUGUGGUGAGCAUUCCAAACAAAUGAAGCACAAAAGCCGGAACUUUUGCUUUGUUUUUUUAAAAAGUCGAGUAUCUCUUUUUAUUUUAUUGCUUUUAAUUCUUUGCUUUUCCCAAACACACAUUC